GCCCCCGUCUGGAAUGACUUGUCAUAUGCUGCAAUGCACUGCGACGGUUAGCGCGAGCUGCAAACCCUGAUCAUAUCUUAUUACCUGAGCAUUGGCCUUAUGCCUGUCGAGGGCCGGCCCAAAUUUCGUCGCCGUUAGCGGUAUAAACGCCGGGAGUUCUUUUCCUUUCUCCGCCGCCGCCGCGAAUCCCCCCUUCUUUCGUCUGUUGACUGUUGGUUCUAAAGAGGGAAUGCCACCUGCAACUGCAACUGCAACUGCCAACUGCAACUGCAACUGCAACAAUCCGCCCACUUCCCGCCCGCCCGUCCGUCCCCUCAGACCAAGGCCUGAGACACUGCAUAUGCACAAGCGCUAACCGCUGGGACCCGGAGCAUACCGUCGACUCGUCGUUAUCGUUUGUCGUUGUCAUAGCCUCGUCUAACCGUCCAACCGUCUAACCGUCUAACCAUGACGGCCGCCGUCGAGUACAAGCGACUGAACCUUGCCAAGCAGGAGGCCCGCUUGCUCGAGAUCCAGCCGGCCCGCAACAUCGAGGACCCCAUCGACUGCCGCCUCGUCACCGUCCGCCUCAGCGACGACCAAGAGUUCAUCGGCCUCUCGUCCCUCUAUGGGGACCCGGCCCGUACCGAGCCCAUCUCGCUCAACGGCCGUGCCGUCAACAUCCCGCUCCACCUCGCCCAGGCCCUGCGCAAUGUGCGCGCCGUCUUCUACCCGACCAUCUCGCGCCGCUUCCAGCGCCGCCCGGCCCGUCGCCCGCACCGCGCCCCGCGCUGGCUGAGGCACCUGUUCGGCAUGUCUUCGUCCUCCUCCUCUUCGUCGUCGUCAUCGUCGACCUCGAACGCGCACGCGCACGACGACCCGGACCGGCCGAACGUGCUGCGCGUCUGGCUCGACCUCCUCUGCGUCAACCAGCGCGACGACGAGGAGAAGUCGCGCCAGCUCGUCGAGAUGCGCAACGUCUACCGCGCCGCCGAGCUCGUCGUCGGCUGGCUGGGCGAGAAGAGCGAGCACACCGACGUCGCCAUGGCCACGCUGGCCGAGAUCGAGGACGCCAUGCCCGCCCACUGGGGGGACCCGGGCGACAGGGAGAAGAACCCGGGCGACUACUCCCCCACCCACAGGUGGGCCGAGUCCAUCACCCACAUCUGGUCCACCGGGCCCGACGGCCAGAUCCCCUUCACCAUGCCGCACUGGGUCGGCUGCAACGACUUUAUGGGCCGCCAGUAUUUCCAGCGUCGCUGGAUUCUCGAGGAGAUUGCGAGGGCCCGGUUCCCGGCCUUUUUGAUUGGCGAUACCGUCGUGCCGUGGAAGCAGGUGCUUCGCCUGAACCGCAUGAUGGAGGAGUUUAAAUACUAUCCCUCGAAUGUGUUUCCUGCCCACUUGAGCGCCAUGAUUGCGGAUUUGCCUCUGGAAACGGCGCACAAGCUGUUGGAUGAGUUUGCCAGGAGGGAAGCCCUGGAGGAGGCCAAGAUCCUCCGCGACACGGGAAGCAGGGCGACUUCUUCCACUCGAUCCGCCACGGAGUAAACGUCCAUCCCCAUCGGGGUGUCAUUGGCGUGUCGUACGGGAUAAUCAGACAUCGGGCGAGUUCGAGUUUUCUUUUCAUCUGUGAGCUUCGUAUGGAGUAUGGGAGAAAGCUUUCACGGUCUGGUGGGUUUGACGUUAUGAUAGGAUACCCUGAAGUUCACAACAUAAAGGAUUUGAAAUUCGUUUGGGGACGGACGAACAUGGGGAGUAGAGUAGAUUGAACGCUGCGAACCUGCACCUGUUAGCAUAGUUGCCCUUUGCCUUUUGACAGACAUAAUCAGAAUAGAAUGCGUGUUUAGAUUGCCAUC